AUGAAGGAGCCGUGCUUCCGGUGUAAACGACCGACAUACUUCAAUGAUAAGAUUGGCCCGUUGAAAGAUGGGGCACUGUUCCAUAAAGGAUGUUUCAAGUGUUGGAUAUGUGGAACCAGACUUUCGUUGAAGACCUAUCACAAUAACCGGAACGACACACAAGAUUUAGAGGUCAAAUUUAUUAUUCUCCCCGAAGACGAAAGGCGACUACCCUCACAAUCUGAUGAGACCAGCUGGACCGACAAGAGCGCUUUUGCCAGCCGAUCGUUGUCAUCAGCCAGUUUGCGGCAGUUUCCUUCAGCAGAGAACGAGGUAGAGGGUUGUUAG